GUUCCAAUUUAGCCGUCAUUGAUGAUAGAUGUUGGAUGUAUUACGUGCGACCAAUUGUUUUUAUUAUUAUUUUUUUGAGAGAGAUAUUAUUUUUGUUUUCAACAAACAAACAUUCGUGUAUAUUGUGUAUUAAUUGGAAAUAGAUUUUUUGUUGUUUCUCUUCGUAAUUUAUAUUUUCAUUUAUUGGAAUAUUGGAAUAUUAAACACGGUGUUAACUGAUAUUUGAGUGCAAGACAUUUUCCGAAUUUAGAUUAAAUAUUUUCAAAAAAAUAAAAUUAUUUAUUUUCCGUUGGAUUUUUAUAUAUUCGAUUUAUUGACGCAUUGAUCGGAAAAAAUCUUAAUAAAUAAAAAAAAUAUCAAAAUUUGCUUCCGUUUUACAUUGAAGUCGAUUGUUUCUUCGCAUCACAGUGUUCCGCAGUGUGUAUAUAAGACACGAAAAAAAAAAGAAAAGUUACAAGAAGGCUAGCGGCAAGGCCGAACACUUCUAUAUUAUUCAAGUGAUUUAAAGAUUGAAUUAAACAACAACAAAAAUGUGGUCACCUACUUUUCGUACGAAAUAAGUGGACGGACGGUUGAUAUUACGGUGGUUUUGUCAUUUAUUUUACAACAGAAAAAGAAGUUUUUUUUUCUCUCGCUCGUUCACAAUUUUAUUUUUAAUUGGAGAAGUGUGUGCGGUUAAUAAUUAAUUUUUUUUUUCGCUAGUGAUUUUAUAUCGGAUCGUAAACAAUAAAUAAGGCAAUUAGAUUAAAUGACACGUUUUUUUUUGUUACGUUGCUGUGAUUUAUGAAUGAUUCAAUUCGUUUUUAUAAAAGGGAAAAAAGUUAUCUAAAAAAAAAACAUUUUGCAUUUCAACUGAACAUUUUUUGCGAAAUCAAAUUAUUAAAACUAAAUCAUCCGGAACAAAGUAAAUAUCAUAGGCGGGCUAUUUAAAUCGCAAACCUAGACCCGCGUACACAUUCAGUUUAUAUGUAUGUGUCGUUGUCUCGUUCCGGCUAACACAAUUAUCAAGCAGAUUAAUUAUUGUGAAACGUGUGCUCUAUUGGUUUAAUUAUGCAUGAGCAAUUCUAUUAAUUACUUUGUACUGAAUUAUAUAAUUGACUGAUUGAAUACGAAAAUUGUCUACUUUUUGGUAGUCUUUUUCUUUGGACGAAAGAGAACCACUCGAAUUGUGAAAGUGAAACUAAUCAAUUUGAAUAGCUCCGAUAUUCUUCAAACUGUUUGCUUGAUAAAAAUAAAAACGUCGACAAUUACAAGAACUGUAUACAGCAAAGAUUCCGUUCAUGCAUUGUGCAAUAAUAAAUUUUUAAACUGUUUAAAUUGACGUAAUUACAUUCAACAUUCAUCACUGGAUGCCAUAUUAAAGUGAAGAAAAAAUAUUUAAUGAAAUUACAACACUAAUCAGUUUCGGCAUAAAUAAUCUGUUAAAAGGAUAACCAGACAAAAUUCUCACACUUAAAGCAAGUAAUUUAUAAUACGCAAACAGUUACCCAAUUUUCAUAAGAAACUCACAUCGCACAAAUACCUACUCAUAACCUUUGUAUAAAUCAGCAACAACUUAAAAAAGAAGGCAAAGAAGGAAAAAAAAAGAAACCGAAAAAAGCAACAACAACAGAAAAGCGCUAACGAAAAUUCAUUGGAAGGGGAAACAUUAAACUUCCAUCCAACAAUAAUAAACCACAACCGAAAAAGGGAGCAACAGCAAAAAAACAGAAAAAAAAACAUUAUCAAAAUUGAAAUGACUCUCCCAACAACAACACUGAAUUCCGCCGACGAUGAUUCGGAUAUGUUCGGACCGCCGCGUACUUCUCCUUUGCGUCACACACGACCCCGUGUUCCAAUGAUGUCAGCCAAAUUUCGAUUACGCGAAGAGCGUAAAAGGAUAUUGCAGCUGUGCGCACACAAAUUGGAGAGAAUUAAGGACUCGGAGACAAAUUUACGACGAAGUGUUUGUAUCAACAACACAUAUUCACGGUUGACUGAUGAAGUGCGUCGAGAAAAGCAAAGUAGAUAUUUAGCAAAUUUACCAAAAUCAGACACGACAAAUUCCUCAAAUUACUUCAGUCAUCACACCAGCGACCACCACAACGACCAACCCGUACCGAAACCAAGACGAUCCAGUAGUAGCAUGGACACCGAUCUGGAAACACUAGACCGGGAACUAAAUGCCCUGGACGCAUCAAUGCCACUAGUCGAUCCGGAAAUUAUCCAAGGUGCCGAACAACUCGAAAAGGCUGUGUCGCGCAAACGGUCACGCACCGACAUCGACAACGACAACGAUCGAUUGGUGCGCGAAGCUCUAUCACAAUUUUACCUGCCCAGUCCUCGUCUACUCAGCGGUAUCGAUGAUUGUCCGGGCGUACCUGAUAAACGAUACAAAACCAAUGAUCUAGAUUUUGAUUUGAAUUUGGACCAUAAUCAAAAUCAAAAGGAAUUCGAUGUGAUAAUGGAUGCAUUACGACUGGGUAGUGAUUCGUGUGGUCAGGCAGCUAUGAUCAGUGAAUCGGGUGUAUUUCAUAAUUUGGUGGUGGCAUCGUUGGAGACAUGAAAUCAUCAGUAAGAUUUUAGUUAACUAUUUUUGUAUAAAAAAAAAGAAACAAAAAAACGAAAAUGAUCAAAAGCAAACACUAUUGUAGCAUAUUACCGUAGUAACUUUCUGCCGUUAUAUAAUAAUAGAAACCUUACGCCAAUCUAUUUGAGCAUCAUAAAAUGUAUUGAAUACACUUGUAGUAUAUUAUAUAUACCUUGACCGAUAAGUAAAAUUAUAAAUAAGAAAACUAAAUAUUUAUAUGGAAUGUUAACCCUAUGUUCCACAGAAAACGAUUUUAGCAAGGCGAAUUCUAUUCUAAUCUUAAAGGCCGGUACACACUUACCUCUUACCUCUUACCCAAGCCAUAUUAUUGGUAAAUUUAUUUACAGAAAAUUUACUAUAAUUUACCGAUAUUUACUGACCUUAUCGAAACAUAAAUUUCGGGAAGUUUCAGAAUUAUCGGUGAAUUUCGGGAAAUUUCGGCAAGUUGCGGUAAAUUGUUGGUAAAUUUUCGGUAAAUUCCGGUAAAUACCAUUAAUGUUUAAAUGCAGGUUUACAUUUUUUCCGAUAAAGAUACAGUGUUGGGUCAGGUCAGUGUAAUUCCAAUCCCAGCUUCCACUACAACUCAGAAAGGAUCAUAUGCAACUAAGUACAUUAGUACUUCAUCUCCACAGUAUAAAUACAAAAAAUUUUUACGAAUCAGGAGGAUAGAUUGAAACUCAAUUAGCGCAAAAUCCAAUUUUCUGUAUUCCUAUGCUAAUUGAUUUUGAUUGAUGUUCUUCUGCUUCACAGAAGGUGGAGCUGUGCUGUAUGAAAAAAAGUUGUUUGUGAACUAGAUUAUGAAAUUUUUGCACCAAUUACCGAAAUUUAUCGCAUAAUUAUAACCUCCUCAAGUAGAGCAAGACAGGGAUUAUUAAUGGGAAUUUUAGUUCCGAAAAUUUCUGAAAAAAUUCCAAAAAAAAAUUCAAAAUUUUUGAAAAUUAAUCGAAAGUUUUUUUAGUUUAAAUUCCCAAUAAUAAUCCCUGGAACAGGGAGUAGCCCAGACCUGGGUUUCCACGAGUAAGAGUGUCCGGUCUUAUAGCCAAAUGAAAAAUGACCAAAAGUUAAAAACUACCGUUUUACGUAUACUGAUACUGAAUUUUCUUCGCUUUUCUCUUUUACCGCGCCACUAAUUGAUUUUUACAAUAAAGCUUAAAGCUAAAUAAUACAUGAUGACAGUUGCGAUAACUUUACCGAAAUAUUUUUCUCAACGAAAAAUUGAGCUGUCCAUGUUGAUAAAAUACAAACAAAAAAAAGCUAAACGAAUUUCCGAUCGCUUACACCAUUGUUUGCAUAAAGCAGAAAACAAAUGUUUCGCCUUUUUCGUAUUAUUAAAACGUAACGAAAUUCGAUACAGGUUAUCAAUGGUCGGUAUCUGCUUGAGUAUCAACAGUACCAAUUGUACCGAUAGUCUAAUUUCAUUCUGGAUAGUUUGAAUUUCGUUAUAGAUAUUUUGAAUGCACUUUUAUCGUUUCCUUAAAAAAAAAAGCUUCGUGCAUAGUAGAACAGCAUAUAACUAUACACGUUCAUAUAUACGUUCAGUAGACGAAGAGCGGAAUAAUUUUCUGCAAACAAUGAAGUUUUUUCUUUCUUGCUCAGGGACUGUUCACUAAUUAGUUCAGUUAAGAAAGCUUUGAUAAUAAAGUGGUAGGUUGCACUUGGGUUUUUAGAAUUUAUCGCGGCAGCAUUUUUAUUAUUUAAAAAAAAAAACAAAAGAAAAAAAAAUAUUUAAAAUUAAGUGUGUACAUAAAGCAGGAUAAAAGAACAAGAAAGUGUAGAUAUUUCUAAAUUUAAAA